GACUACCUAGGUACUUAAAGAUCUAUAAUAGGGACGUUGUAACAUAUAUUCCCAUAUCUACUAUGUAUAAACUCAACGCCGACCCCUGGAAUUUUGGGGUUACAUGCAGAUGCAAUGUAAGUAGUAUCAUAGCGAUAGCCAGGGGCCGGCACAGGACAUCGUAAGGUUUAUAAGGUAGGCAGCAUCAAUGGUGCAUAUAAGUGCAAAUAUAAUGAGAAUGGCUCUAAAUGUUAGCCCGUCUUCAUAGUUGUCGUAGGUCUGCCUCUUAGAACCAAGAUGCACUCGACGAUGGAGGUCGCAUCGAGCACCGCACCACAGCUCGCGACGGAUUCUUUGGCGCCUGAGGUAGCUCCCGAGACCUACCACCCGCAGUAUUACGAGUAUAAGAACUACGGCGUGGCGCAACCGCAGACCAUCCCGGCGCCUCGUGAAGCUGAGAUAGCCGGCUUGAAGAAACCUACCUUCUGGUUGCUAGUAGCUUUGUUUUCGGUGGUGGCGUUGGCGCUUGGCCUAGGCACUGGGCUAGGCUUAGGUUUGAGAAGUAAUGAUAGUGCGGUUAAUAACACAGGUGCUUCUGCGAAUAGCGAAGCUACAAGCAACGGCGUUAUUUCGUCACCGCAUGCUGCCCUCUCGACGACCUCAUCUACGAGCACUGUACCAACUACCAGUUCCAGCACCACUAAGAGCGCCAGCCCAAAGAGUAGCAGCGCCGAUAUGACAAUUGUAGCCGAGCCGACACCGACGGUCCUAGUAGAUUCUAGGUGUCCUAGCCGAAGCGGAAGUCUGAUAUCGGGGGAAAACAACCGGCAAUACAAGAUAUCCUGCGACAGCGACUUGACGGGAACAACCCUGGCAUCACUAGUAGUGAACUCGCUGGAGGAGUGUCUUGCACUAUGCGACUCGCUGAACUGGGUUCAGAAGCGCAGCGAUGUUGGCUGUGUUUGGAAUGAGAAGGGAGUAGUCGGGCAGGUUGCUGGUACGUGUUGGUGUAAGGGAGGCGACAAUAUCAAGGCCACGUCCCUAUCAGGAAUUGUGGUUGCAAGUCCGGCACCAUGA